UUGUGACUGCGCCUUCGGGGAUUAUGGUUGAUGGGGAUGGAAUUCGAAGAGGAAGAAAAAACCCUCGUGAUGAGGGUUCACUGGAGGAGUUGCGCAGGAAGCGACUUAGAGAGCUAUAUGGGGGAUCUUCUGAGGAAGAUUCAGAUGGGGAGAUGGAUGCUGAGGAACAGGUGGUGGCUGGGGAAGCGGGCACUGAAUGGGCACAGCCACCGGAGAUGUCUGGGGAUUUGGGGUCUAUGGAUACUUCUGAACCUGGGAUUUCUGCAGGAGCUGAUCCCAAUUGGGAUGCUUGGAGAAGGGAGGAUGGUUCUUUAAGUGUUCAUGGGGCUAAGUGUGGGCAGGAUGAUUGGGACUCCGACGAAUUGUUAGGUACUCCAGAUCCAUGAGCUCUAGCUGUGUGGAGCUCAGACUCUGAGUAGAUUUGGGACACCUGGUGUUUGGGUGUGAGUGUUUGGUCACCCAGGAGGAAGGGGAAUAAAAUGGGAAUGUUUGGCCACUGCACUUUGCGUGUGGCAAGGUGUUGCUGAGGCGCCAUUGGGAUCUCUGUGUUUCCAUGAAGACUGGACUUGGACUAUGAUUUGAAUCUGCUGUUAUCACCUAGCUUGGCUCUCGCUGUGUCUUAUCGUGGACCUGUUUUGGAUGACUGCACCCUCUUCAGACCUUGGAUCGGAAUUUGACCUUGCUACUGCCUUCGCCCUGUGAUUGAUGACUACUAUCGGCUUUUGACUCCUGGCUUGCUCUUUGGACACCGCUGUUAUCUCCUGACCUGACCUUGGAAUCCCGGACGACGUCUUUUCACCAUCCUUUUGGAGCCUUCGGCUUUAUCCACAUUGUGGAAGCAGUCUACUGCAUUCUUAGUUUGUUUGUUUGUUUCCUGACCAAUUUGGUGUUUUCUUUUGGGAACUGUUCCUUUGAAAACUACAGAGCCGGCUGGCAGGGCUUGGACUCAGAAAGUGCAGUUUGCACUAAGUUUGUUUAGCUUUGUUUUUACCUGCUUGUGUUGCUGAAUUAUAUUUUUGUUUGAACUGCUCUUGAAGCACUGAUAGUGAAGUGUUUCAAGGUUUUUUCUGUGUUAACAUUACUUUUUGGCUUAUCUGCUGAAUAAACUCUAUUUUUGUUCGCUAAUUGGCGUCUGACUCUUGACAUCAUGUGUCUGACACAGUGCUGGUUUAAAAUGUUCCAUUUUAAAAGAAUGACAGUUAGAGACCUCAGUUGAGCCUCAACCCUGUUAGAAGUCAGUGUUGAGCCUUGAGUCUACUUGAGUAUAAAAGUAUAUUAGAAUGCAGAGGCAAUGUUAGGAGCUAGAAACUGUUGAGGCUUGUGUUUUCUUUGAAAGUAAACUGUUAUUAAGGAGAGCUGUACAAAGCAAUGUAGUUUAUGAAGAGACUGUUAACGUCUAUCAGUUUAAGAUACAAACUCUCUAUACAUUUUGAAGUGUUUAACUUAACAAAGAAAUGUGCCUGUAUCAUUAAAUACAUGAAGUUAUCAGUAAACAAUCUUGGUUACUUUAAAAGAAGUCUGCUUGUAUCAUUACCUCUGAGUAUACCUCUCAACCUCUGAGGAUGCCUGCCAUAGAUGUAGGUGAAACAUCAGGAGAAAAUACUUCUGGAACAUGGCCAUACAGCCCGGAAAACACACAACAACCCUUACCUUUGAAUGUUACACAAUCGUAAUGCCUGGUAGUCUAAUAAUUGUUUUUGUUCCUGGUGCCAGGGACAACCAAACCCAGAGAAUGUCCAUUUGAUAAUUUGGAUUCACUACUAUUCUCAAAGAAAAUAUGAUUUCUGAAGAUGAAGAGAUAGCUCAACAGAAAAACGAGGUCUUCUUUCAUCACAAAGCACGGGAUAAAACGGAUAAACAGCGAUUGUUCCGGAUAACAUUGAUUAUAAGUGCAACUCUUCUGUCAGUUGUAUAUAUUGUUGCCUUCGUGAUAACUGCGGAUUAUCUAUUGCAUGCAGAAAAUCAUAACAAACUAGGCCAUGGUUGUGUUUGUCCAUCAUGCCCAGAUGACUGGAUUGGAUAUAGAAGAAAAUGUUACUACUUUUCUUUGGAAAAAAGGAAUUGGACCUCAAGUCAAGACUUUUGUUCUUCACAGAAGGCCUUCUUGCUCAUUUUCAAUGACAAUAAGGAAAAGGAGUUUGUAAUGCAGUACAAAGGAAAGGUGCCAUCUUGGAUUGGCUUCCGAAAAAAUCCAGAUCAGAUCUGGCGAUGGACAAAUAAUGAAAACGCAAUAAAACUGGGCGUCAUUGGAAAAGGUGGAGAUUGUGCUUAUUUAAACAGUGAAGGCACUGCCACAGCUUCAAGGUGUGGCAUAGAACUACGUUGGAUUUGCAGCAAACAUGAUCUAUGUAAUAGAUCAACUUGAGCAUAACCCAUAGUCCUUCCUGCAAGCAACUCCAAGCUGACAACUUACUCUGACAAGAGCUGCAACCAAACUAAGCCCAGCAUGGCUUACUUGUCAAGGCUCCCGCACUACCUAUAUCAAUCUGGAGCAUAAAUACUACGGAUGGGCCCCAGACGCAGCCACAUGGGAUGUCCCAAACCCACAGUGGUGGGUUGAAGUCUGCACAAACCAGCUGGGCUCACAACCUCACAACCUCUGAGGAUGCCUGCCAUAGAUGUGGGCGAAACGUCAGGAGAGAAUGCUUCUGGAACAUGGCCACACAGCCUGAAAGACAUACAACAACCCCACUACCUAUAUUAUCUCCUCAUGCCAGAGGUGUUGACCAUCAAAACUGAUUGGAUCCAUUUAGUUGUGGGGUGUACUCACUAUCACCAAGUGGAGCUGGGAAUUUUAUUGGGGUAUUUUUCAGGACAAAGUUUGUUUUUCAUUCUCAGUCUUAGAGUAAUUUGAGGAAUGCACUGGCACAGGCUGUAAAGGACACCGACUAGGAAAUUUCUGAAGGAAAAUUAGACAAAUGCAUAGUUCAUCUCUAGCAUCUUUCUUGUGAGUAGCAGAGCAGGUCCUUAGUCCAUUCCACCAGCAUUAUGAUUACUACUUGGCAGUAGCUCCCCAGAGUCUGCAAGGUGUUAGAAAUGAACUUAGAGCUCUCUGCAACCAAAAUAUGUAUUCUUACAUCUAUCACUAACCUGAUAUUGUGGUGUCUCCAGUCUGAAAAGUGAUGUAAUGUGUAAUAACCCAUGGCUCUACGGCGCUCCAUGCAGUCAUGCCGGCCACAUGAUCUUAGAGGUGUCUACGGACAACGCCGGCUCUUCAGCUUAGAAAUGGAGAUGAGCACCAACCCCCAGAGUCAGACAUGACUGGACUUAACGUCAGGGAAACCUUUACCUUUACUAUGGCUCUACAUCAUUACAAUCACUUACCCUAUGGAUCCAGCUCCUUCUCCUGUCAGCCACAAUUUGUUUACUUUAUUUAUCUUCCGCUCUAUCUUCCAGAGGGGACUCAGAGUGGAUUACAACAUAUGCAGAUAGGCAAACAUUCAUUUAACACAGUGGAAUAACAAUGACAUACAAAUACACAGAACAAAGGUAAAGUCUUCCCCUUUCAUCUCCAGCUUUCUGGAGGCUAGGCUCAACUCCAGCCAUGGGAAGGUGCUCUUCUUCCAUUUCCAAGCCAAGAAGCCUGCUAUCCAUAGAUACCUCCUGGUCAUGUUGCUGGCAUGGCUGCAUGGGCACCUUUACCUUCCCGCUGAAGCAGUACCUAUUGAUCUACUCACAUUUGCAUGUUUUCAAACUGCUAGGCUGGCAGGAGUUAGGGCUAACAGCAGGAGCUCACCCCAACCCGUGGAUUUGAACUGCCAACCUUUAGAUCAGCAGAUUCAACAGUUUAACCCGUUGUGCCACUCCUGCUUUGCCCAGGCAAAACAAGGGAGGCACUCAGGAAAUCAGUGACAUGCAAGAAGAGAGAAAGAAGCUGGGAUCUGUAGAGGCACGCAGGGACAGCUACUCACCCUCUUGGCCCAGAACCAUGCUGGAUAGCACUCCGCCUCUAAAACAGUGGUUGGUUAUUACUAUAUUAUACUAGUUUUUUCACUUUUUCACUUUCAUGGUUGGUGGGGCUGUGCACAAAACCCUCAUGAAUGUGCAUAGCUCGCUGCAAUAUCACCUAUACCCUCUAUCACUAUAUGAUUUGGAAAUUCUUAAAAUCAGCUUUCCUAAAAUCCAAGAUACAUGUUUAUCUAUAUACUUUUCUUUGGCCUGUCCCACAAUCAUGAAUUCUAGCAUUAAAUGGUCAUGCCUACCUAAAGUAUACCAACUGAACUCCUCCAGUUUGUUUGGCUCGCAUCCAGGAUUGCUAUUUCCAUUGUUUUUCCUCCAUGUUUUGAAAGAGGAAAUUAUAUCUACCAAGAAUUUGUUGUAAAUCUUUAACAGAAUCAGCCUCCCAACAGAGAUCAGGGUAACUGAAGCACAUCCCCCCCCAAUAAGAACUAAAUUUUUUGGAAAUUUCUGAGAUUUGUUUCAGAAAAAUAUUGUCCUAACCUGAUGGUCCAGAUUGAGUGCUGUUUUUAUUUCUUCCUCUAUUUCUUUUUACCCAAAAACUCUCAAUUGCCCCAGUUGGCUCAAGUCCCUUCUGUACUGCCAUAUAAUUGAGAUUACCAAAUCAGAUAAUCCAAAUUAUCUUAUUUGGAUUAUAUGAGUCUACACUGCCAUAUAAUCCCAUUCAAAGCAGAUACUGUAUAUGCUCGAGUAUAAGCCUAGUUUUUUUGCCCUUUUAUUAAGACUGAAAAAGCCCCCCUCGGCUUAUAUUCGGGUGAGGGUCCUGGUUGGCUUAUGUUUGGGUCAUCUUAUACUCGAGAAUAUAUGUUACAUUUAUUAUUUUUCUCUAUUAUUAUUAGUAUUAUCACAUUUAUUAUUUUUCUCUAUUAUUGUUGCUACUAUUACAUUUAUUUUACUCUAUUUUUAUUAUUAAUAAUGAUACAUUUAUUAUUUCACUCUGAUCUUACUGU